CUCAGUUAUCAAAAUAUUUAAAAUGCCAAAUAUUUGUAAAAUUUUUGUGUCAUGCCAAAUAAUGUCUGUAUUUGUGGUAAAUCUCAUAGAGAAAAACCUAUCGUCAUCACUGUCACCGCCUGCCAGAACAGACAUAUUACCAGAGUCGCCCCAGCAAUUUUAUCAACAGUUAGCACAGAGCAAGAACUAUCACCAUACGACAAAGCCCUAAUAACGAUAGCAAAUUCAACCCCAAAACUAUCAGAACCCUCUAAAAGUAAAAUUAUUUCGGCCCAUACUUUGCCUAGUGAAAAACUUUUAGAUACAAUAAGUACUGAGCUUGAAUCCGUAUUUUUAUCAACACUUGACAGCAGACCAGAAUUACCAUGCAAUAAAUGCCUAAAAUCGAUAGCAACUUCAACUCCAAAACUGUCAAAAUCCCCUAAAAGCCAAAUUUCUGCCCAUAAUUUGCCUAGAGAUAUAGUCGUAGAUAAAACUGAUACAAGUACUGAUAUUUUUUCAGAUGAAUCCACAAUUAAGAACGAAUCUAAAACUGCUUCAAUUCCAGAAGAAAAAUGCAAAAAUGUUUCAGUUAACGCUCCUUCUACUGCUGCUUUGCAGCUUCCCCACUUAAUCCCAAGAUACCAUGGACCUGGUUGUGCUUUAGAAGUUUGUGUUUUAGAAAAACAUGACUUUAGUUGCAAAUACAAGAAACUGGAGAACGAAAAUGAAACUCGCAAUGUAUUGGAUGAUAAAGUAGGAAGUUAUGAUGUUAUUGGUAGAAUCAAGUACAAAACCUGUACCAAAGAAACAAAAGAGAAAGAGGUUCCUAGCAAACAGUGUAACUGUUGUCCAGCUGAUGAUAUACCGCCAGAAUGUCUUGGUCUGCCAAAAAAUGAUCAGACAGUCAUGUUUGCUUUUACUAACAAAGUGCGUAGCUCUAACUUCAAUUGGUUUGAGUAUAGAGAGAUGCAAUCGAAAUUUUCUGAAAAAUUUAUAUCAAAUUCAGCAAGCAAAUCUAGUUACCUUUUAAGACCCUGUACGAAGAAUAUUUACAAAGAAAAUAAAAGUCAAAUAACUUGUCCACUAAAGGAAAAAUCUGAGCAUUCAAGAAUAAAUAAGUCUUGUGGGGAUUCCGAAGUUGAAAAGUUGUAUUUUCAUGGAAAAUCUUGCAAAUCUUGCAAGGAAUGUGUGCUUGCAAAGAAUAUUUCCAAAGAAAAUAGAAGCCAAGUGACUUGUCAACGCCAGAACAAACCUAAGUAUGCAGAAGUAAAUAGCUUUUCUAGAGAUUCUGAAGUUGAACAGUUGUAUUUUCAUAGAAAAUGUUGCAAAUUUUGCAACAAAUUUGUGCUUGCAAAGAAUAUUUCCAAAGAAAAUAAAAGUCAAGUGACUUGUCCACUAAAGGAAAAAUCUAGGUAUGCAGAAGUAAAUAAAUUUUCUGGAAAUUCCGAAGUGGAGCAGUUGUAUUUUCAUGGAAAAUCUUGUAAAUCUUGCAACAAAUGUCUACUUGAAAAGAAUAUUUCCAAAGAAAAUAAAAGUCAAGUAACUUGUCCCUUUGCGAACAAAUCUAAGUAUGCAGAAGUAAAUAACUCUCUUGAAAAUUCCGAAGUGGAGCAGUCGUAUUUUCAUGGAAAAUCUUGCAAAUCUUGCAACAAAUAUGUGCUUGCAAAGAAUAUUUCCAAAGAAAAUAAAAGCCAAGUGACUUAUCCACUAACGAGAAAAUUUAAGCAUGCAGAAGUAAAUAAAUUUUCUGGAGGUUCUGAAGUUGAACAGUUGCAUUUUCAUGGAAAAUCUUGCAACAAAUGUAUACAAUGUGAUCAAAGUGUUAAUCGUAAAUGGUACCGUUCUUUGUUUUCUUAUCUUCGUAGAAUCUGUAAAAAACGUCCAAAGUCUCAAAAUAAAUUUAAAACAGUCUCUCAUUUGAAAUAAA